GAACUUGGUCGGCCACAGACAUCUCGAUGGAGAACCCGAGCAAGGCACCACUCAUAGGGAAAGAGAGUCCCUGUACGUCACCGGCAUCAUUAUGGAGCUGUAACUCAAACUGAGUAGACGGUGGAGGGUCAGGUAUAGGUGGAGGGUUAAGAACAGUAGGAUCGUAUGCAAGGUUUCUCCCAGGUCAGAAUCCCUAACGCCACCUCCCCCUCCCCCAUGAACCUUCCACUCAAUCCUAAUGCCACCACACCUCCCUUCCCCAACGCACUCGUUUUACGAUCCACGCCAACGCCAUCACCCCUCCCCCCCCCUCCAACACACACACACAUACACGCACACAUUUUACUCGACUGUAACGCUACCAUACCCUCCCCUCUUCCCUUCCCCCUGAGUAUUCUCAUAUCACACCAAGCUAUCGUUAAAUGUUCAUGAGCUAUGUGAUGUAAGAUACAUGUUGAUCUAUGCAUCUGUUGUAUUUCUG